AUGUGCAGAUUUAUAUUCUAUUUGGGACCACCUAUUAAGUUAUCGUCCAUUGUGACAGAGCCAUCACAUGGAUUGGUCCAACAAUCACUUCACUCGACAUGUCCAGGUGUACAUUUGAAUGCCGAUGGCUUUGGAAUUGCAUGGUUCGUUCCGGAAAUAUCACCAAACCCUGGUGUGUUCAAGGAUAUCACGCCGGCAUGGUCAAACAUCAACCUGCGACAGUUGGCUCGUGUAACAAAGUCUGGAUGUAUCAUGUCACAUGUGCGUGCCGCCAGUGCUGGCGCCAUCACCAACAACAACUGCCACCCCUUCACCUUCAAAAACUUCAGCUGGAUGCACAACGGAACCGUCUCCUACUUCCCCAAGCUCAAGAGGAAUAUACUAAACAUGUUGACGCAAACAGCAUUCGAAUCGAUCAAAGGAACGACAGACAGUGAGAUGGUGUUUGCAUUAUUUAUUUCAAACUAUGAGCGAGAGACUGGAUACAAACCAAAGCCGGUGGUCCAUCAGACGACAGCAGUCUACUCGACACAUUGCUCGACCGAGCCAGAGGAGGAACCGUUCCCCCUCAUCGACAACUCGGAGCUUUUCCCAAAGGUGCUGCGACAGACUAUCAACCAAAUCCAUGAGCUCAUCCUACAGUACGAGGUUGAUAAUGGACUCGUAAAGGCCGAGCCGGCCGGCGCCAGUCUCCAAGCGACAUCCACCAAGUGCAAGCUGAACUUGGCCGUCUCGGACGGAUCGACAGUGGUGGCCACACGAUAUGUCACCGGCACGAUGGAUGGUGCUCACACUCUAUACUGGUCUCGCGCCAAGUCGAUGGUGUGCGAUCGUGGACAAUGUCAGCUUGGUUCGUCCAAGUGUUCGGACCAAUAUUCACUCAUCAUCAGCUCGGAGCCAUUGGCCAGCGACUUCAAAUGCGAAGAAGUGCCCGUCAACCAUAUGGUCAUUGCCAACUCUGAAGGUUUAUUCUCCAUCGAGCAAAUCAAUUGA